CAUGGCCUAACAAGCGCCAGCUGCAGCUUGUGGAACUGUGCGGCGCGCGCCUCUGCAGCUGUGCCAAAGGCUCAAGCCCGGGCACAGGCGCGUGGCCCCAAGCUCUUCAAGCUCGGCGGUGGCGUGAUCCCCGACCCGGGAUCUGAUCCUGGUUGUGGAAUUGAUUAGGUGCCUUUUUGGAGAGUUUUCAGUGUAAAGUAGGAUUUUGCUGUAAAAGAAGAUCUAAGAUCCUUUGUGAAGGUACCACCCCAAGAAGCAAUCAUGCCGAUAGAAGGCGGGAAAACGGAUAUGGAGAGGAUUGGCCUCUUCAGUGAGAUGGAAUACAUCACAGUGGGCGACAGAUAUGUGUCACCAUUUAAUCGACCCUUCAAUGAGGCUGCAAGCAAAAAUAGACAGAUGCUCCCUGGGGGGACCAAAGAAAUGUCCAAUCUCCAGGCAGGGUACUUUGAUCCCCAGUUCGCAAGGAUUUUUGAAGGGGAAGGCUACCUGAAUUUGAAUCAAGUGAGGAGACAGUAUAUGAUGGCAGAAGCCAAGAAGAACCUAGGCAAAGCCUUCAUUCCUAGUAGCGGAGAGAAAAAGCCAAGUGGAUUAGGAAGCUAUUAUGGAACCAUCGGCGGCCCUGUCCCAUUCUUUAGCGCUCAGAUAAAACCCAGGGACAAAUAUCAGCCACCGGGGAAGAAUUUAUACACCAACCCGGGAAAAAAAGGAACUGGAUACGGUUAUGCCAAUGUUACCAUAGGCAGGCAGCUUUCACACUCUUCUGACUUGUACGAUGCAGCGAAACAGAAUUUUAAGAAAGAAAGUGAAGAACACCAUCGGUUAAUGAAAGGGUCACCUUUCAAGCUGCAUCUUCACCCAAAGGACUAUUUUGAUACUAACCCUUAUUUUUUAGAGCAUCCUUUACCUCCACUGAGGAGAGAGGAAAAGAAGGAGUCUUCUGUAAAGCCCUUUAAGCCCUCCUCUCCUGGCAAAAAGGCUGGUGGAAUGAAAGCAGGAACAUUUGAACCUUACCCAUCACACUCAGCUGACCCUUAUGUGGUGAAAGUGGGAAAGGUGAUGCCUUCGAAAGGUGAAAAGGUUUUCCACCCACCAAACGGACCAAAAAGCAGACCCAUUGAAAGUAUAAUGGCGCUGAAUGUCAGAAGGGCACUAAAUGUGAAGAACUACAAGAAUGCCUCCUCUUCCACACUGGAAAAACAGCUAGUUUACUAGAUCCUCUUGGAAGCGCAGAGAAUUCACAAUGUUCUGGAACAAGCAGCUCUGCAGCAGCUAAAGGAAAUUUAAACAUGAGGCUCAACUCUAAUGUCCUUCCUGAUUUUAAUGCUUUUUAAUAAAUAAUGUUGGCUAAUGACUUAA